AUGGAGCCUGGGGAGGACGGGAUCUAUGCCACUGUCCCGGCCGAGACCCGAGAGACGAGAGAGAGGGAGAGAGAGAGCCGGCUCGGGACGCCCCAGGACUCACCCAGGCAAGGAGGAGAGCAGCGGCUCCCACGGCGACCGGGGAACGACGACGGGCCGACAUGCUGGCCGAGACGGGCGGGAGAGAAGCGACAGAGGCACAACGGGCUGCCCGCGACGACGCCCCGGACGGAGGAGAAGCGCGACGGGGGGGGCCGGCAGGAGUCACCCGACAGGGCUCGAGGGAGGCGGCCGCUUCACUCUGACCAGGACAAAGGAGAUGGUUCCCUCAAGUACAUUCUGUCGGGAGAUGGGGCCGGCACUCUGUUUAUUAUUGAUGAGAAAACGGGUGACAUUCAUGCCACAAGAAGAAUUGACAGGGAAGAGAAGGCUUUCUACACCCUACGUGCCCAGGCUAUUAACAGAAGGACGCUGAGGCCCGUGGAGCCUGAAUCCGAGUUCGUCAUCAAAAUCCAUGACAUCAACGACAAUGAGCCCAUGUUCCCAGAAGAAGUUUAUACCGCAAGUGUUCCUGAAAUGUCAAUGGUUGAGAAUUGGCUCUCUAUUAAUAAAAGCUACAUACUUCCUCAUUGCGUGCUUGCCUCACCCACCUUCUUCUUUUUUUUAAUCUUCCAGCUUCACUCUGACCAGGACAAAGGAGAUGGUUCCCUCAAGUACAUUCUGUCGGGAGAUGGGGCCGGCACUCUGUUUAUUAUUGAUGAGAAAACGGGUGACAUCCAUGCCACGAGAAGAAUUGACAGGGAAGAGAAGGCUUUCUACACCCUACGUGCCCAGGCUAUUAACAGAAGGACGCUGAGGCCCGUGGAGCCUGAAUCCGAGUUCGUCAUCAAAAUCCAUGACAUCAACGACAAUGAGCCCAUGUUCCCAGAAGAAGUUUAUACCGCAAGUGUUCCUGAAAUGUCAAUGGUUGGUACUUCCGUGGUGCAAGUCACAGCCACAGAUGCUGAUGACCCUUCUUAUGGAAACAGUGCCAGAAUCAUCUACAGCAUCCUCCAGGGUCAACCAUACUUCUCUGUGGAGCCAGAAACAGGUAUCAUCAGGACGGCUCUACCAAACAUGAACAGGGAGAACCGAGAGCAGUACCAAGUGGUCAUCCAAGCCAAGGACAUGGGAGGCCAGAUGGGUGGAUUAUCGGGGACCACGACGGUUAACAUCACCCUGACGGACGUCAACGACAAUCCGCCUCGAUUCCCCCAGAGUACGAUUCACCUUCGCAUUCCAGAAUCUUCUCCAGUUGGCACUGCCAUUGGAAGUGUCAAAGCCACCGACGCGGACAUUGGAAGAAAUGCUGAACUUAAAUACCAAAUUACUGAUGGCAACGACAGGGAUUUGUUUAGCAUUGUGACCCAGAAUGACACACAGGAAGGCAUUAUAAUCGUGCAAAAGCCCCUGGACUAUGAGGCUCGAGGGCUAUACACGUUGAAAAUUGAGGCAGAGAAUCUCUAUGUAGACCGGCAGUUUUAUUAUCUUGGGCCUUUCAAAGAUACGACGACUGUGAAAAUCUCCGUAGAAGAUGUGGAUGAGCCACCUGUCUUCAGCAGAUCCUCAUAUCUUUUUGAGAUACACGAAGAUAUUGAGGUUGGCACCAUCAUAGGAACUGUGAUGGCCCGAGAUCCAGAUUCUGCUUCAAGCCCUAUCAGGUAUUCCUUGGAUCGCCACACUGACCUGGACAGAAUUUUCAACAUACAUUCUGGAAACGGGUCUAUUUAUACUUCGAAGAUGCUCGAUCGAGAACUAUCCCAGUGGCACAACCUUAGUGUCAUAGCAGCUGAGAUCAACAACCCCAAAGAGACGACACGUGUUUUAGUUUACGUUCGGAUCUUGGAUGUGAAUGACAAUGCGCCACAGUUUGCCGUGUUCUAUGAUACUUUUGUAUGUGAAAAUGCCAGAGCGGGACAACUAAUACAAACGAUAAGUGCGGUAGAUAAAGAUGACCCCCUUGGAGGACAAAAGUUUUUCUUCAGUUUAGCUGCUGUGAAUCCCAACUUCACAGUCCAGGAUAGUGAAGAUAAUACUGCCCGCAUCUUGACGAGAAGGAACGGCUUUAGCCGGCAUGAAAUAAGCACUUAUCUCCUGCCAGUGGUGAUCUCAGACAAUGACUACCCCAUCCAAAGUAGCACUGGUACUCUGACCAUCAGGGUGUGCGCCUGCGACAGCCGAGGAAACAUGCAGUCCUGUAAUGCGGAAGCUCUUCUCCUUCCAGCGGGUCUCAGCACAGGAGCGCUUGUCGCCAUUUUGCUCUGCAUCAUUAUUCUGCUGGUUAUAGUGGUCUUGUUUGCUGCCCUUAAGAGGCAGCGGAAAAAAGAGCCUCUGAUCUUGUCUAAAGAGGACAUCAGAGACAACAUUGUGAGUUACAACGAUGAAGGGGGUGGUGAAGAAGACACCCAGGCUUUUGAUAUCGGCACGCUGAGAAACCCUGCUGCUAUUGAAGAUAAGAAGCUCCGCCGAGACAUUAUACCGGAAACCUUAUUUAUACCACGGAGGACUCCUUCUGCUCCAGAUAACACAGAUGUCCGGGAUUUCAUUAACCAAAGGCUAAAAGAGCAUGAUAACGACCCCUCGGCCCCUCCAUAUGACUCCCUGGCAACCUACGCUUACGAAGGAAACGAUUCAAUCGCCGAAUCUUUGAGUUCUUUAGAGUCUGGCACUACCGAGGGAGACCAAAACUAUGAUUACCUCAAGGAAUGGGGGCCUCGGUUUAAUAAGCUUGCCGAGAUGUACGGUGGAGGUGAAAGCGAUAAGGACACUUCGUAA